GUGUUGCCAUUAACACAAAAAUCUGGCAGCGCUGCUGUCAAAAUCUGCUUCCGCUCAUUUGACAAUGCCCAUUAUUUCUCCUUUUCAUUUCUUUUUCUCGUAGAAAUGCCACCUAAAAAGCCAACCGAGAAGUCCGCGAAGCCAGCUGGCGAUAAGAAGCCAGAGCAGAAGAAGGCUGCCGCGGCAGCCCCAGCUGCUGCCAAGAAGGAGGCACCAGCUGCAGCUAAGCCUGCAGCUGCUCCCGCCAAGAAGGCAGCUGCUCCCGCCAAGAAGCCUGCUGCAGCUGCUGGUGCGGCUAAGAAGCCAGCUGCUGGCGCUACCAAGAAGCCCGCACUGAAGAAGCCAGUCACCAAGCCCAAGGCCAAGCUCGCUACCAAGAAGGCUGCUGCUGGCAAGAAGCCCCAGUCGGUGCUCUCCAAGCUCUCGGCUAAGGCACGUGCUGCUGCAAAGGGCAAGAAACCCGCCGCGAAGGCUGGUGCUAAGCCCACCAAGGGUACAGCUAAGGCAAAGGCUGUUGCUUUGUUGAACGCAAAGAAGGUGCAGACCAAGAUCGUAAAGGGUGCAUUUGGCACACGCACACGCAAGAUCCGCACCAAUGUGCACUUCCGUCGUCCAACCACGCUGAAGUUGCCCCGCAACCCCAAGUACCCAAGGAAGUCGGUGCCCACCAGGAACCGUAUGGAUGCUUAUAACAUCAUCAAAUAUCCUUUGACCACGGAAGCAGCCAUGAAGAAGAUCGAGGACAACAACACUCUGGUCUUCCUUACACAUCUGCGCGCAAACAAGAAUCAUGUGCGUGCCGCCGUUCGUAAGCUUUACGACAUCAAGGUGGCUAAGGUUAACAUUCUGAUCAGACCCGAUGGUCAGAAGAAGGCUUAUGUGCGCCUAGCGCGGGACUACGAUGCUCUCGAUAUCGCCAACAAGAUCGGCAUCAUAUAAACAUGCAAAAAAAUAUGGGAACGUUUAUCGCGUUUUAAAUUACAACACAAUAGAAUUUUUGUCCUUAAAACAAAAUAAUAAGCGCUGACACAAUAUAGAGCGAAGAUGAACGUUUCAAUGUUGUAUGGGUAUAAUAAAGAAAACAAAAAACAACUCAAUACAACAACGAA